AUGAAGGACUUUGUUGUGAAACCUCCAUGCAAGAGGCCACUGCUUGCUGAAGUUCAACGUGCUGAUCCCUCAAGUGUCAGAAGGAGUGAAGAAUUCCCCAAGGAAUGGGCCAAGCGUCAAUCUAAGCUGGCCAAACAAGCAAACAUAGCCGUCAAAGAAUUCAACAGGGCUACAAAAGCUUCAAAUAAAGCUGGUGCAAGUGGAAGUGGCAGCGCAAGCGCUCCCAAAAAGGCUAUGCAGAAGAAGCCUGCCAAUAAUCCAAAGCCCACAGUGGCCCAGCCGGCUGCAUCAAAGGCUUCAGCACCUAAGAUCUCAAAAUCUUCAGUGCCUCCUCCUGCCUCAAGUUCAUCAAUGGCAGCAGCUAGAGCUUCAACACCGGUAGUGCUCGCAUCUUGCCAGUGCACCAAGGGCUUUGCAAAAGCUUCAGUCACUGCAUCAAGUGCCUCAGCUAGUGGGAAACCAUCUUCCUCAACACCCAAGCUGAAGCAAAAGGUCACUGCUGGCCGUGAAACUAGGCCAAGUCUCAAGAGCAAGGCCGUAGUGCCUCAGGUUGACGAACACGGGCUGGCUGACGAAGAUGAGCUCGCAGAGUUCCUCAGAAGGAAGCAAAAGCAAGCUACUAUUGCUAAAAAUUCUUCUGAUCCAAUGUUGCUAGACCCGAAGAAGCUUCUUGACUUCAUUGACAUCUGGUGCACCAAGCUAGACACGCCACUUGAUGAUUUGAAUUUACCUCCUCGCCCAAGCCAUAUGAUUUCUUCAUUCAUCUUGAAUGAGAAACACAAGAUUGCACAAGCAAAGCUGGUGAAGAAACAACAAAUCCAGAAGGAAAAGGAACUGAAAAGUGAAAGGGCAACUGUUGUGACUGAAGAACCUGCCAGGGCGACUGCAUCAGUCGUUCCUGAAGUAAUUGAACCAUCAAGCUCCUUAGCAGCAACACCACCAAAUCCUUCAUCUUUGAAUAUUAUAACCCUUCCUUCUACAUCAGAAGUGAAGAAAGAAAAAUCUGCUGAGAUAGAAGAAAGAAAGAGAAAAGCUUCAACUCCUCCUAUUGCUCCCGAGAUUGUGAAGAAGUUGAAGAUGGCAACAUUGUCUUCAAUUGUCAUCCCAAUUGAUGCAAUUCAUAUCUCAUCAACACCCCUUGCUCCAGUCAAUCCUGACCGUCAGAUUGUUCCUUAUGGGGUGGAUUAUCAAAUCCCUUGGGCUGAUGAAGAUGAUGAAGAAAACCACUCUGCUGCUACCACAGAGCAAGUAGAUGAAGAAAUUAAAGUGGAAGAAGAUUCUUCGCUUCACCAAGUUUCAUCACGGAAUCCCUCACAGGUUCCGUUGACUGAAGAACAUGAUGCUACUUCAUCUGGCAGUAGUGAAGCAACCAAAGAGGAAGUGGAUAUUGACGGUGCUACAAUGCUCGUUCUUCAUGAUGAAUUUUGGGAAGCAGCUCACCCAAGUUCACCCGUCACCACUCCCCUCACUCUAGAGCCUCAGUCGCCUGCACGCACUGAAGAAAUACAUACUGGCUCUGAAGGAAAACAACCAUCACAGCAAAGCAUUCCUGAAGAAAUUCCAGCUGUAGCAGCUAAUGAAAAUGCUCUAGAUGAGCCAAUGGUUGAUGUCAUCAGUACAUCCCCAUCACGUGUAGACUCAAUUCCGUCAGUUGAUACUGAUAUAGUUCCAACUGCCACAACUGAUGAAGUUGCUCGAACUCUCGCCGUGAUAGAUCCCAAUGACUCAACUGGGUCCCCACGACCAGUAUUUGAUGUUCGUCAAAAGAAGCACAACCUUCAACCAGUUCCUGUGAUGCCAAAGAUUGGUAGAGUCCUCAGGCGGCCUCAGUUCGACAACGCCAAAUUCUUUGAAGAAAAGAACUUCUUCAUUGGAUACUGCAGCACAAGCUUCAAGGUCGUCUACUUCACCUGCACCGCCGGUCAUGACUGA